UAGCAGUGUACUUUGAAGAUUUGAAUUGGUAUGGACCUUGCUGAUAUACAGAAGGAUUGGGUUGUGCUGGUGUAUGUAUGUAGAUUUAUAACAUGGAGUGCAAAUUUCUAAUCAGAAAAAGGGACUGCAGAAGUAAUUUUUCUUCUGCACAGUCUAUUGCUGUGUGCUGCUGUGUUCUUAUCAUCUUCCUUUUACCAGUGACUGAAGCCUGGAAACAAAGUAAACCACGCCUGACAUUCUCAUAUCAAGAUUUGCUGAUGAACAGCAGUUGUAAUCCAUUCCAAGGUUCCACAGAGAGUUCCAGUUUCCAGUCAAUGCUAGUAGAUGAAGAAAGAGGAAAACUUUUUGUUGGAGCAAAAGAUCUGAUUUAUAUUUUAAGUCUGGAAAAUUUGAACAAGGAACCUAAAAAGAUUUAUUGGCCUGCAGCUAAAGAGAGAGUGGAACUGUGCAAACAGACUGGAAAAAAGGAAACAGAAUGUGCAAAUUUCAUCCGUCUGCUUCACCAUUUCAAUAAGACGCAUGUCUACGCAUGUGGUACAGGAGCUUUCCACCCCAUAUGUGCGUAUAUUGAUCUGGGACCCCCUACAGAGGAGUUUUCAUUGAAGCUUGACCUUAGAAGUCUGGAGCCUGGAACACUGAAAUGCCCUUAUGACCCCAUUCAACCCUUUGCAUCAGCCCUUGUAGAUGAAUAUCUCUAUGCUGGAACAUCUUCUGACUUUCUUGGAAGAGAUAUCGCUCUAUUUCGCUCCCCAAUCCACCAUCGAGAAAAUCAGUAUAUCCGCACAGAACACAACAAUCCACUUUGGCUAAGUGACCCCAAGUUUAUUGGAAUGUACCCUAUCUCAGACACCUCCAAUGAAGACGAUGAUAAAAUAUAUAUAUUUUUAAGAGAAACGGCAUUGGAUACUACGAGCACUGAGAAGGCCAUUUACUCGAGAGUGGCGAGAGUUUGUAAGAAAGAUGUUGGAGGUCAGCGGAGUUUGAUCAAUAAGUGGACCACAUUUCUGAAAGCUCGUCUAAUUUGCUCAGUCCCAGGGCCUGAAGGCUAUCAGACAUAUUUUGAUGAGCUGCAGGAUGUUUUUCUGUUCAACACAAAUGAUGACAAAUUGCCAGUGAUUUAUGGAGUCUUCACAUCCUCCAGUUCUGUUUUCAGUGGCUCAGCAGUUUGUGCAUACAGUAUGGCUGAUAUUCGUUCUGUAUUUAAUGGACCUUUCACACACAAAGAGAGCCCGGAUCGCCACUGGGUAGAAUAUCAGGGGAAGAUUCCUUAUCCAAGACCUGGAACAUGUCCCAGUAAAGCAUUUGACUCCACAAUCCAGACAACCAAGGAUUUUUCAGAUGAUGUCGUUAGUUUCAUUAAGAAUCACCCAGUGAUGUACAAGGCUGUGUAUCCAAUAAACAAGAGGCCUGUUUUCAUUCAAGUGAAUGUUGGUUACAAAAUUACACAGAUUGUUGUCGACCGUGUUACUGCCAAGGAUGGCCAAUAUGCAGUCCUCUUUUUGGGUACAGACGUUGGAACAGUCAUAAAAGCGUUGAGUGUAACCAAGGACAGUUUGAACGCUGAAGAAGUUUUACUGGAGGAAUUGCAAGUAUUCGAGGAGUCAACUCCAGUAUUAACAUUGGAAAUAUCUGCAAAACAGAAGCAGAUUUAUGCUGGAUCAAAGGAUGGCGUCGUGCAACUUGCUCUGCAGAGGUGUGGAGCAUAUGGCACAGCUUGCUCAGAAUGCUGCCUUGCUCGAGAUCCCUACUGUGCAUGGGAUGGGAAUUCAUGUUGCAGAUAUGUGCCAGCACCAAAAAGACAGAUCAGACGUCAAGAUGUAAAGCAUGGAGACCCAAUAAUUCAGUGUUGGGAUCAGGAGGACUAUGCAAAUAAUGUACUAACCGAAAAGAAGUUAGUUUUUGGAGUGCAAUAUAAUUCAACAUUUCUGGAAUGCAGUCCAAGGUCACAGCAAACAUCAGUCAUUUGGUCUGUUCAGCGAUCACUCAAUGGCCAACAGGAAGAGAUAAAAUAUGAUUCCAGAAUAAUCAAAACAAGACUUGGUCUACUCAUACGUCACUUGCAGGAAGAUGAUGCUGGGAUUUAUUAUUGCAGAGCCGUGGAAAAUACAUUCACACAAAUCAUUACAAAAUUCCACCUUAAAAUUAUACUCAGUGACUUCAAGGCAACAUCGAUGAAAGCAGGGUUCAAUGAGGGAAAGGGCAGAGAUAGUCGGAACAGGACCAGGCUACGUUACAAGGAUUUUCUGCAGCUCCUGAACAAACCAGGCAUUACUGUGAAUGAGUACUGCCAGCAAAUCUGGCGUAAUGGAAAGAGAGGACAAAAUAGCAAAACUUCAGCAAAAUGGAAAAAUGCACCAGAGUUUAAGCGGUAUUAGACUUUGGGCAAUAUAAAAUGCAUUGUGGUGCUCCUUUGAGGAAAUAUAGUAACAGAAUUUAUUCACUGGAUUUUUGUAACAGAAUGUUGGCUGAAUAAUCUAACUGUCUCUGAUGUGAAGACUAAAUGGAUGAAAUGGAACCUGGUCGUAAAAGCUAAAACAAAAUGUAAUGUGAAGAAUGAGUGUAUCUGGAUGUAUUCUAAUCAUUAGAACUACAAGUUUCUUAAAGGCACAGUUUGCUUUAAAAGCAAAUAUUACUAUAUAGGCAAUUACUUUUCAUUAGUUUGGGAAAAAUGUAAACAGAUUCUCAUAGCUUUGAUAAGGUCAGUAAAUUAAUCUUAUUGUGGCAGUGUGGAUUGAAUUUCUGCCCAAUACUCCCAAUCAAAGCAUUAUCAACAACUUCAUAAGAUGGUACCAACAGUGUGUUGAUUCACAUUUUCUCAGUUUAAUUUGGCUCAAAAGAAUUGUGAAGUAACAGCCCCUGCUGCUCACAUCACUACCAGCUGUCCAAAAACUAUUUACAUCCUUUAGAGUGGAUCUGGUGUCUGACCCAGUAUGGCACCUCUAUAACAUAUCUGUAAUACGUUAGUAAUAUAUAAGUCUUCAAUCAAUCAGAUUGAAUAGGAAAGAUUUGGAGGAAUAUGGGCUAAACGCAGGCAAGUGGGACUAGUUUGGUUUGGGAACAUGGUUAGUGUGGAAUAGUUGGAAUGAAGGGUCUGUUUCCAUGCCGUAUGACUCCCUGACCCCACAAUAAGUUGACAAUUACCUGUCAAGCACUGAAGACGUUCUUUGAGAAGGAGUACUGUGAGCAAUAGCCGCUCACCUGGCCAUCACAGCAACUCGUCAUUUUUUAGUGAUCAAUGGCUUUUCAGUCCCCUGUCAUUUUCACCAAAGUGGCAUUCCCUACUGUGCACUUGGUUUGGUGAGUGAUGAGUUGCUAACUGCUCAGGAAAUAGGUCAAUUGGCCUUUAAAGGCAGAAUCCUUGCUUAAAACACAAGUUACUGAGGUAUUUAAAUAUUUAAGUGACUUACCCAACAGCUUCACAUGGAAAUUCUCUGCCAUUUUCAGCCAUGUCCAGGAGAAACCUAGAACUGGGAGGGGAUCUUGACCCAAUGCCAUUUUCAGAAGUCAUAUUCAGACCACCUCACCUUGUCUAGAAAAGUUCACCUGUAAAUUAGAUAUAAAUCACAGACAGAAAACAAAGCAAAGAUUUGGAUAGGCAGGCAAGGAAGAGAUAAACGAUGCACAGGAAGUAUAUCAUCAACACCAAUUAUUAUCUGGAGAAAUGAGAUUCCAAUUUAUGAAAAUAAGCUUUUAGAGUCAGCAAGGCUGUUUGGCAGAAAUUAUCACUUAUCAUGCCAUUAAAAAUAUACAUAUUCCUGAAUACACCAUCCCUAAAUGUUUUGGAUAUUUUUAGAGGUGAAUUAGUGGACAAACGGAUCAAUUUUAAACUGUUGCCUUGAUAUCAGUGCAAAGUUGUUUUAGCACUUCUGUGGACCACAAGGAUAUCUCUAAAAGUGACUUCUGUAUUUUGCAUUGAAAUACUUUUAAACAGCCUUUCAUAGCAGGCUUUGAAAAUUGCUGUCCGAUUUACUUCAUUAUAAUAGUCAGUACAAUUAGCCUCAUGGUUGCUAUCUAUACAAAAUUCUGGUCAAUAUACACAUGAUUUUGCUGAUGGGGAGGAAGGAUGGUGUAACUGGUUUAAGAAUUGUAAAUGUAUCCUUUCAUGUGUAUUAUUAAAUUAUACCCUGUAAAGGA